CUAUUAACUACUGUAUGUUUAAUUUUUUUUUGAUAAAUAAAUUUUUAUAUAAAUUUUUUGUAAAUACAAUACUAUAUUUAUUGUGUAUGUGUUUUUAAGUGUCUCAUAAUAAAAUGUGAAAUCAUAGUUUCUUAUUUGUUUUUUAAUUAUUAAAAAAGUUAAACUAUUUUUAUUUUAUUUUUUUGAAUAAAAUAUUUACUAAAAAAAUGAAUACCUAUUUAAUAUUAUUUCUGUUUGGACUAUCAUUCAGCAUAAAUACCAUUAUCAGUGUUUCAUCGAUCAAUAAUUCAAAAUUAGGACUAACUGAGCUAUUAUGCGACAUGGAUAUGGAUGAUCCGGAAAAAUUCAUACAUAAUAGCUCAUCAUCAUCAUCGGCAACGGGAACCCAACCGGUACUCAAUAGGAAAUGUGUUCGCGUGGACAGUACCGACGGUAUCGGUACGAUAGUGUUUGACCCGAAUACUAUGCCAUUGAAACAAUGGUACGAAUGGCUGGCACUGGUACCCGAAAACUCUAGUGUACUGUUGACAUUGACCAACUUUACUAUCGACAUAGUGGACAUACUAUACAUACACGACGGCGAUUCGGUAGCCAACAAAACAUUACUGGUAACAGUUGGCCGUAUACUACCCACUACUGUAGUUUCAAGCGGUAAUCGACUAUUUAUUAGAUAUUGCCCGCAAACGGUUAGAUCAAAUCCGACUAAUAUAACAUUUAUUCCAAUUAAACAUGGUUGUGGACAUACCUAUACGGAACCAGAAGGUAUAAUCUAUAGUCCCGGUUAUCCUGAUGGCUAUUACAAUGGCAUAAACUGCGAGUGGAAGAUAACUGUGUCGACAUCAAAAUAUAUUGUACUAAUGUUUGACGAGUUUCAAACUGAACCCGACAACGAUAUGUUGCGCAUCGGUAGCUACUAUAGGACUCUGAGCGGUAAUGAUAAUCCGGGAAACUUUAUCUCAAAAUACAAUUAUAUGGAUCUGAUAUUUACGACAAAUCAGGCAAUUACUGGACGAGGAUUUAAGAUACGUUACACUUCAGUCAAUUGGGAUAAAAAUACAACAUAUCUUAUAUCUACCGCCAAUGCCUUAAUUGAAUACCAAUCAAACAUCAACAAAACAAUUGCCAUCAAUGGUCACAAUUGGCUGGAAGUGAUUGGUUAUGAUAAGCGAAAAAAUCUUGUUAUAUGCUAUGACAGAGAUUUAGAUAAAUUGCUAUUAAAAUCAGUGAAAACAAACUUAAUCAAUAACACUGUUAUUAGUGGCAAAACACGAGAGAUUAAACUUAUGGGACGGCCUACUAGUAUCACCUAUCACUGGAUCUAUGAUUUGGUCUAUUGGAUAGACCUGGAGUCCAAACAUAUUAUUGCAUUAAACAUUACCGACACCGACAACAACAAUAUCUAUACUAUCGCUGAUCUAUCGGACGAAACGCCACGCGAUUUGCAGGUAAACAUUGUAAAGUCGUCGCUAGUUUGGAGCAAUAUUGGUGACAACCCGUGUAUAAUGCACUGUCAAUUGGACGGUAAUAACCAAUCGGUACUCUACCGUAAUCAGAGGCAGGCAUUUCAUUUGACAGUCGACUAUCAGACUGAACGAUACUAUUUUAUUGAUAUUACCGAUCAUACACUUUAUGCCAUUAAUUUUGAUGGAAACCAUGAGAUUCGUGUUUUAAAGUCUAGCGAAUACUUUGACUCAAUUCGGUCGAUGACUGUCCUCAACAAUGACCUGUAUUUGUCUACCGAUGAAAUGAUCUAUCGUAUGCCUCAUUUGGAUUUGGCCAUCAAUCGCAUCCAAGUACUAUACAAAACAUACAUGUUUUCUAUCUAUCAGUAUAGUAUGCAAAAAGCUGUCACAAUUGACAGAAAACAUAUAUAUGGUUUCAAGAUUGUGGAUAAUAUUGAUCUCCAACCCCCAGCAAACAAUAUUUGUUACUUACAUAACUGUCCACAUAUUUGUUUACCAAGUACUGGCCAGUCGUAUUCAUGUAUAGAGCCCGACAGCUAUCUCACAAAAUUGCCAAAACCUGUUCAAAAUUUGACAAAAAUUAUCAAUAAUUUUGUCUAUAAAUAUCAAUCGGACAAACACUCGUUGAUUAACUCGAUAUUCAUAUCAGUAUUAAUUGUGACAAACAUUUUGUUUGCGAUCAUGUUUUACAGAUCUAAAAUAACUGGUUUUUAUAGUAGGCUAACCAGUACUGGUAGGCUAUCAUCAGCACAGGUAGAUAGACAUGUUGAUUUUGUUAACAAAUUGAGCGAUAAUAAUCUACUACUUAAUGAAGAUGAUAACUCAGAUCUAUAAUAUAUAUAUAUUAUUAAUAAUAUUAUUAUUAUUAUUAGUAUUUCAUUGACGUUGAUGUUAGUCAUUAUAAUACUACUCUAAUUAACA